AUGAGCGCCGUCUGCGUCGCGAGCCCGCCGGCCGAAGACGACUGGGACAUGCCACUGCUCUUCAUGACGUCGCUGCCGACCAACUUCAAGGUCAACGCCGACAUUGCCGCGCUUGCGAGCUUCACGGACGACUACGAGGUCCAGGACAAGACCAAGUUCCGGUCGUCGUCGCGCCACGUGGCCAAGCCGUACGCCAAGUCGAAGAAGGCCAACAUGGCCGAGCUGCAAGUGUGCAUGAAGUUUUUCAACAUGUAG